CUCUCGUUUUUUUUUUCUCUUGGCGAGUGAUUAUGCGUGUGUUUGUGCUGUGCGAAGUGUGUUAGUGUGGUGAUUGUGUUUGUUCACUUUUUUGUUGGCAAUUGAAGAAUUGGAUCGAUAAUUUGAUGUCCUGCGUGAAUCAGUUCCGUUUUCUGUGAGAUUUUGUACAUUGAUGAUGUAUUUUGCAGCUACUUCACUUCUUCUAGGCUUUUUAUGACCAUUUUUGCACUACCGGCAUAAACAAACUAUCCAACUCAACUAAUUAGGAUCGAGGAAACUAACUUGUACGGAUUCGUAAAUUUGAUGACGAAGGAGCAAAAAGAUCUAGCAUGAUUGAAUUUCAAAAAUCCCAUGGGUCAGAAAUGAAUGGAAGUCACUUUGAACCAGGACCUGUACCACCUCCUCUGCCCAACAAGUGCGAUUGGGAGAUAGACCCUGAAGAAUUGGACUUGUCUAACUCAACUCUUGUGGGGUAGGGUUCUUUUGGUGAGAUACUAAAAGCUAGUUGGUGGGAAACACGGAACACCAGUAGCUGUCAAGCGAAUUCUUCCGAGCCUUUCAGACGGCAGAUUAGUGAUGUAUGGUUUUCCACACCACUGUGUUGCUAAUUCAAUUUUUCAUUAUAUAAUUUAUAUUAGUAUUUUGCCCCUUGCAUGCCAGAAUGGGACCUAAACCUUGUCUGUCAUAUAAUAUUAAGUUUAUUCUGAACUGUCUGUUUGAUGUGUUCAAUCCAUAUGCUGAACUUAGAUUUUAGCUUUUUCUGCUUCUAUUCCCCAGUCACUCAUAUAGUAUCUGUAUAACCGAUUUACUCAAGUAUCUUUUCUUACUAUUUUGUAUUCCUGUUUGUUGACCGUAAUACAGCAUGGAUUCAAGCAUGAGGUCAAUUUGCUCGCGAAGCUUCGUCAUCUAAAUAUUGUCCAGUUUCUAUGUGCUGUUACCGACAAAAAGCCCUUAAUGUUAGUCAUAGAGUACUUGAGAGGCGUCAGUGAUACAUGUUUCUGUUAGUGUAAAGUUUUGCAUUUCACUACAAAUUGUCCAAUUGUUAUUGUUCCUUAUUAAGGUGAUCUGCAUCAACAUCUACAGGAAAAAGGGGCUUUGAGUUUGUCAACUGCAAUCAAUUUUGCAAUGGAUAUUGCGAGGUAAAAUGUGGUUAUUGUCAUUUUGGUUUACCAAGAAAUCCGAAACUUACAGUACAUCAUUGACCACUCGUCUCAAUCCCUCUCUAUCAUAAAGCUGUGUCUCCUAUUUUCAUGCUUAUCUUUUUUUAUGGCAGCAAAUGUACUCAUCUGAAUACAUACUUUAGUAACCUGCUGUUUAGAAAUGGGGGUAUGGGGGAAUCAAGGAUAAGGCUUGGGCUUCCCUAAAUUUGAAAAUGUUUGGCUUUUCCUAUAUCUGCCAUAUAACACCCAGCAAUAUCAAUAUGAGAUCAUUAUGCAGCAAUAAUUACAGUAUAUCUCAAAUAUGAAAUGGUGCAAUUUAUGUUAUGUAGUACUUAAAAAUACUAAGUUUUAUGCUCCUCUGAAUGUUUUAAUCAUGUUUGGAAUAAAGGCAUGGCGUAUCUCCACAGUGAGCCAAAUGUUUUAGUACACAGAUCUCAAACCAAGGUUAGUAGGUGGUCUCAUGUAUGGUGAGAAUAGAGUAGAAUUGCUGCUGAUUUCCAUUUAGCUCGCAAUGGAGUCUGUGCUGACCGUCUGUAUAGAUUCUGGUCUUUCCCUAUAUGAUGAUAAAAAGCAGUGUGUUUCCAACGUUCUACUUGUCAAUAGCAGCGCCAACCAUCGAAAAGUGGGAGAUUUUGGGUUAAGCAAGCUCAUCAGGGUAAAACAUUCUCAUGAUGUUUACAAAAUGACUGGUGAGACUGGAAGCUACCGUUACAUGGCGCCUGAAUUCUUCAAGCACAGGAAAUAUGACAAGAAAGUCGAUGUUUUCUCCUUCAGGAUGAUAUUAUACUAGAUUCUCGAGGGAGACCCUCCUAUGUCACAAUAUGAACCAUAUGAAGCAGCUACAUAUGUAGCAGAAGGACACAUACCAAUAUUCAGAUCAACAAAAGUUAUUCCCAAACUAAAGGAGUUAGCUGUGCAGUGUUGGUCUGCAGACAUGAACCAGAUGCCACCUCACUUAGAGAUUUUGAAGAUACUUGAAAAGAUAGAAGAGUACCUCCUGAUAAUCACAGGCACCUAUUCAUUUCAUGUUGCUGGACAAGGUGCCAGAGCUGCAGGCCUGAGACAGAUAACGAAACUAGAAGCGACAGAAAACUGAGCCACGCCAUUUUGGAGUUGGUCGAUAUAUUUAACAGUAAUAUAUCUCGUCUUGAAUGAACUGGACUGUAUUGUACAUAUUCUUCAACUCAAGUUCCAUUGCCUGAAGAUGAAAAUCCAUCAAGUAUAGAGAGUAAGAGGUAAGCGAGAGAGUGAGAGC